CAAGAGUGGCAACCAAGUUUGGUAUUCAGAAUUUAGUAUUUUUGGUGCAUGUGCACCGGUUAUAAUCAUUUUUUAUACAAUACAAAACAUAUAUAAAUAAACCAAAUGUUGGCGUUUAAUUUAACAAAUUAACAAGUGAUAAUAGACAACAGUGUGUUGACUACAUUAAACCAAACUUCAGCUCUGCGUUUAUGCGCUUUCAACGACACAAAAUGGAUUUGCUUGAUUCGAUACUAAAUUCAAUGGAUGCUCCGCCAGCGACCAAUGAACAACAAAAGACGCUUAUUAAAAAGCAGCGGGAAAUGGUGGAGCGCAUGCAGAACAAGCAGAAGGAGGAGUUGCUGCGAUUUCGAAAAUACGUUGAGGAAAGAAUGGGUCGCUUUGCCAAGGACGAUCGUACGUGCAUUGAAUUCCAGCCGUUGGACAAGGUGCACCGAUCGGUCAUACAUGAGAUCGCUGAGAAUGGUGGCUUCAUAGCUAUGAGCUUUGGCCGCGAGGAAGAAGACCGCCAUUCGGUGGUCUAUAAAAAGGAGCAUCCGCCCAGCGAGGACGAAGUGACAGCCCGUCGCAACGGCGAGGGAUGGAGCAAGGAUAUAGCCAAAGAAUACUCUGAGCGACGAAAAGAACGCUUGGCCCAGGAGCAAUGCCAAAAUGACAAGCAAACGACAAGCCCCGAUGGCGGCUCGUCUGCCAGCAACAGCACUGACAACGUCGAGGUGAAACCGACCUCCAAUUAUAAAGCUAAAUACGCUCACCUCAUUGGCGAAUCAGCAGCCCUGCAGGCGGCGCGCAAAACAGAAACUAACCAAAGCUAUGGAUUCGUGCCCAGCAAGAACAAAAAGGACAUGCGUUCCAUCGAACAGACCCUGGCCGAUAUUCAGGCCAAGAAGCGCCUAAAGCUACAACAGCAACAGGAGCAAUUGGACAGCCUUACAGCGGCACAGGCAGAUGCCGCCGAUGAACAACAGCCUGAACAACGACAACAGCAGCAAUAAAACAAUGUCUUCUGUGAAAUAUGCAAUUAGUUAUAAGAAUAUGUAUGUAUGUUUUGUUAAAUUCCAAGUUAAUCAGAAGAAGAUGUGUUUUGACCAUACACAACAGACUGAAAUGUGUGUUCAUAUGCACAUGUAUGUAUCUGAAAGCAAUUCAAAUUGUUGGCCAGUUGAACGCAUUAACUGCGGAUGUUUAGAUCAAACUAUAUUUAACUGCAGUGUUCAAUUAGCAAUUUCUAUUUAUAUAAUAAUAAAACUAAAUUUGUAGUCAAUAGAAA